AUAGCAGAGCAGAUUCAAAAGAAACAUAACACAACAUAAAUUUACACAAAAUAUAUUCAAUUCAAACAACAUCAAAAUCCUCAAAAAUCAUGUCUAAAUCCUCUGUUUUCAGUAGACCAAGAUUGGUUGUCAAGAAAAUCUUGGCCAGAGCUCAAAAUGAAGGUGAUGGUGCUGUUGUUAGGAGAAGUAUUGGAAGGCCUGAAUUGCAGAAUCUUGAUCCAUUCCUCAUGUUAGAUGAGUUUAGUGUUUCACCACCUGCUGGAUUUCCUGACCACCCGCACAGAGGUUUUGAGACUGUUACUUACAUGUUACAGGGAGCUUUUACUCAUCAAGAUUUUGCUGGUCACAAGGGUACAAUCAGGACGGGUGAUGUGCAGUGGAUGACAGCAGGUAGAGGUAUAGUACACUCAGAAAUGCCUGCAGGUCCAGGUGCUCAUAAGGGGUUGCAACUAUGGAUAAAUCUGGCAUCCAAGGACAAGAUGAUUGAGCCAAGGUAUCAAGAACUGCUACAUGAGAACAUACCAAAGGCAGAAAAAGAUGGCGUUUUCGUCACAAUCAUAGCAGGGGAAUCCAUGGGCAUAAAAUCUCAGGUUUUCACACGAACGCCUACAAUGUACCUUGAUUUCACCCUAAAACCAGCUUCUGAACACCAUCAACCAAUCCCCGAGUCCUGGAAUUCCUUCGUCUACAUAAUGGAAGGAGAAGGCGUCUUUGGCUCUUCGGAUUCAACGCCUACACCAGCUCACCAUUGCUUAGUUUUAGGCCCUGGAGAAGGUCUAAGUGUGUGGAACAAAUCUUCUAAGCCAUUGAGGUUUGCUUUGAUAGGUGGACAGCCGAUUAACGAGCCUGUCGCGCAAUAUGGUCCUUUUGUUAUGAACACCAAGAGUGAGAUAAUGCAGGCUUAUCAAGAUUAUCAACUUGGAAAAAAUGGUUUUGAAAGGGCAAGGCACUGGAAUUCUAAAUAAGUAUACAGAGCUACAUUUUAUAGUUCAAAAAUAAGCUUACAAACAGCAAUAUUCUAUAGUUUUCUGAUAAAUGUUAUGGAUUUCAACUCUUUAUAGUCUUCUUUUGAUUUUGAAAUAUGAUGUAUUUUUAUUGAAGUUUAUUUUUCAUUUCCUUCAUUUGUUCAAGAUUGUAUUGAUAGUAAUUCUUGUAGCCAUAGUGGAAAGUAUGUUAAGUUCUUGAAUGAUAAAUUAUCUUUUGUUUGGAUCAUGGAUAGGAAAUGUAAUGACAAUAUAUUUAUCUUAUUUAUA